AUGCACAAUGCCAUCAACGACGCUUUCGAAUGGGAUAAGCACAUCCGUAUCCUCCCCAUCCGCCCCCCCCCCCCGGGGGCCCGACGACCUCCACGUGGUGGUGCACUGGCCGGGGACGGGUCUCAUGAUGAGGAGCAGUGGAACGAGGAUUUCCUAAUGAGAGACGCCCUCCACGAGAUUGGGCAUUCGUUGGGCACUCGUUGGGCGUUCCACAUAAAGUCUCUACUCAGUGGUUACUCAGAUGAGGAGUUGUUAAGCUUGAUCGCUGAGUUGCCGCAAACUAGUCGCCGUCGUGUCAAGUGGAAUAGAGAGAGCCUCAAGGAGUUUUCUAUUUCAACCGCGGUGAUGUUGUUCCUUAAGGGGACGAAGUGCGAGGAGGAAGCCCGUCCCAUGUUCAAGCUUUGCGUUAUCCCGAACGCUGCUGUCAGCUACAAACCUCUGCGGCAGAGGAGCUGUGCAGGGCUCUACGACAACCCUGGUACUCGCCUUCCGGAAGCCUAG